CCAUUGCGUCAGACUGUGCGAGUGCGGCGUGCGGUGAGUGAGUUCAUGAGGCGAGCAGUUUUUGGACCAGCUGACGUUAUUAAUUGUUUCUUUCAAAGCAGGGAUGGCCACUCUUUAUGUGUCCCCCCACCCUGACGACUUCCGAAGCCUCCUGGCUCUCUUGGCUGCAGAGGCGUCGCCGUCCUCUGGCGUCAAGACAGUCAGCGAGGACCCACCCGCUGGCCUCUGUGCUCGCUCCACACCCACUUUGGUGCUAGGUGCUGGGGAAGGCACAGACGUGCUGAGCGGGGCCAACGCUGUGGCCUGGUACCUGGCCAUGCAGGGAAAGAGAGCCGGCGCGGACGUCAAGCAACAGAGCGAGGUGUGGCAGUGGCUCAGCUUCGCCGACAACGAGCUCAUCCCGUUGUCCUGCGCCGUUGUCUUCCCCCUCAUGGGGGCGAUGCUGGAUAAGAAGCUCCAGCAGACUUCCCGUGCUGAGCUGUUGCGCGCGCUGAAGGUUUUGGAUAAGAUGUUGGAGCCAAGAACGUACCUCGUGGGGGAGAGCCUCACACUUGCUGACAUGGCCGUGGCCUCGGCUCUUCUUCUACCCUUCAGAUAUGCUUUGGAACCAUCCGACAGGACUGCAUUGACCAACGUGACCAGAUGGUUCACCACCUGCAUCAACCAGCCACACUUCAUCAAGGUACUGGGGAAGGUGACGUUGUGUGAGAAGAUGGUGUCAAUGAAGACAGACACUGAGGCCAAAACUUGUCCUCCUGCUGCUGCUAAUGAUGCUGCUAGUGACAUGGCAGGAGCUACUCUUAACGGGCCACCAAAGACAGAAGCCCAGCUGAAGAAGGAGGCAAAGAAGAGGGAAAAGCUGGAGAAAUUCCAACAGAAGAAGGAGAUGGAGGCAAAGAAGAAGACACAGCCAGCCGCAGAGAAAAAGUCCAAACCUGAGAAGAAAGAGUUGGGGGUCAUCUCAUACAACAUUCCUACUCCCUCUGGGGAGAAAAAAGAUGUCAUCAGUCCCCUCCCUGACUCGUACAGUCCUCAGUAUGUGGAGGCUGCUUGGUACCCGUGGUGGGAGAAGCAGGGAUUUUUCAAGCCAGAAUACGGGAGGCAAAGUAUAAGUUGUCCAAACCCCAAAGGCAUCUUCAUGAUGUGCAUCCCUCCACCCAAUGUGACCGGAUCACUCCACCUGGGUCACGCCCUCACCAACGCCAUCCAGGAUUGCUUGACCAGAUGGCACAGAAUGCGCGGCGAGACCACGCUGUGGAACCCGGGCUGCGACCACGCCGGCAUCGCCACCCAGGUGGUGGUGGAGAAGAAGCUGAUGAGGGACAAGGGCAUGAGCCGCCACGACCUGGGCAGGGAAAAGUUCAUUGAGGAAGUGUGGAAGUGGAAGAACGAGAAAGGAGACCGUAUCUACCACCAGCUGAAGAAGCUGGGCUCCUCUCUGGACUGGGACAGAGCGUGCUUCACAAUGGACCCCAAACUUUCCUACGCAGUGCAGGAGGCUUUCAUCCGCAUGCAUGACGAGGGGGUGAUCUAUAGGAGCAAGAGGCUGGUCAACUGGUCUUGCUCGCUCAACUCCGCCAUCUCAGACAUCGAGGUGGACAAGAAGGAGCUGACGGGCAGAACGCUGCUGCCUGUUCCAGGCUACAAAGAAAAAGUGGAGUUUGGAGUCUUGGUGUCGUUUGCCUACAAGGUGGACGGUUCAGACGAGGAGGUGAUCGUGGCGACCACUCGUAUUGAGACCAUGCUGGGCGACACAGCUGUGGCCGUGCACCCCGAUGACUCCAGAUACCAACACCUGAAAGGGAAGAUGGUGUUCCACCCCUUUUGCGACCGCAAGAUGCCUGUUGUUUUUGACGACUUUGUGGACAUGAGCUUUGGAACAGGUGCUGUGAAAAUCACGCCGGCUCACGACCAUAACGACCACGAUGUCGGCAUGCGACACAGCCUGCCCUUCAUCAACAUCCUGGACGAGAACGGCCUGCUCAUUAACGUGCCCCCUCCCUUCCUGGGCAUGAAGCGUUUCGAGGCCAGGAAAGCAGUGUUGGAGGCGCUCAAGGAGAGAGGGCACUUCAAAGAAGUUAAAGACAAUCCCAUGGUUGUGCCAGUCUGCAGUCGUUCCAAGGACAUUGUGGAGCCCCUGCUGAAGCCCCAGUGGUAUGUCAACUGCACAGACAUGGGCAAACAGGCAGCUGACGCCGUCCGAGAGGGACGCCUCAAAAUCAUCCCUGACCACCACCUCAAGACCUGGUUCAACUGGAUGGACAACAUAAGGGAUUGGUGCAUUUCCCGGCAGCUGUGGUGGGGUCAUCGCAUUCCCGCUUACUUCAUCACUGUCAACGAUCCCGCCGUGAAACCAGGAGAGGAUAUAGAUGGUCAUUACUGGGUGAGCGGGAGAACAGUUGAGGAGGCCAGAGAGAAGGCGGCAAAGCGCUUCAAUGUGACUCCUGACAAAGUUACACUCAGACAAGACGAGGAUGUUCUGGACACUUGGUUCUCAUCUGGCAUUUUCCCCUUCUCCAUCUUCGGGUGGCCUAAUGAGACUCAGGACCUGAGUGUGUUCUACCCCGGCACCUUGCUGGAGACUGGUCACGACAUCCUGUUCUUCUGGGUGGCUCGCAUGGUGAUGAUGGGCAUCAAACUGACCGGCAAGCUCCCCUUUAAAGAGGUUUAUCUACACGCCGUCGUGAGGGACGCCCACGGAAGGAAAAUGAGCAAAUCUCUGGGCAACGUCAUCGACCCGCUUGAUGUUAUUACUGGGAUCUCCCUGGAGGGUCUGCAUGCACAGCUUACGUACAGCAACUUGGAUCCUGUGGAGGUGGAGCGUGCCAAGCAGGGCCAGAUGUCAGACUACCCCAACGGCAUUCCAGAAUGUGGCACAGACGCCCUCCGAUUCGCCCUGUGUGCAUAUACUAGCCAAGGCAGGGACAUCAACCUGGACGUCAAUCGCAUCCUGGGCUACCGGCACUUCUGCAACAAGCUGUGGAAUGCCGUCAAGUUUGCCAUGAAGACACUGGGGAACAACUUUGUCCCAUUGGAGAAAGCCCAACUGUGUGGCGAGGAGAGCGUUACCGACCGCUGGAUUCUGUCCCGGCUGAGCGCGGCGGUCUCUCUGUGCGACGCCGGCUUCAAGGCGUACGACUUCCCCGCCAUCACCACCGCCGUCUACAACUUCUGGCUGUACGAGCUAUGCGACGUCUACCUGGAGAGCGUGAAGCCCGUGUUCAGCAAUGCGGGAGAAGAGAAACAAGCCGGCGUGUGCAGACAGACCCUGUACACGUGCUUGGACGUGGGCCUGCGCCUGCUCUCUCCCAUCAUGCCCUUUGUCACCGAGGAGCUCUACCAGAGGUUGCCGCGUCGACGGCCUCAGCUCGACGCCCCCAGCGUAUCUGUCACGGCGUACCCCGACGCGGAAGAGUUCUGCUGGAACAGCGACGAGGUGGACCGCAACAUGGACCUCGUCAUGAACGUGGUCAAAACCAUCCGCUCGCUCAGGGCUGACUAUAACCUGACCAAGACCAGGGCGGACUGUUACCUCCAGUGUGCGGACUCUGCCACAGUGUCGCUGGUGCAGACUUCCAACGUUCAGAUCCAGACUCUAUCGUACUGUCAGGCCGUGAUCCCCCUGAGCGCCGAGCAGGUCGUACCGGCGGGCUGCGCUGUGGCCAUUGCGUCCGACCGCUGUACCGUCAACCUCUUGAUCAAGGGUCUAAUUGACGUGGACAAAGAGUUGUCCAAGUUGCAGGCGAAGAAAGGCGAACUGGACAAGCUGAUGGAGAAGCUGCACGACAAAAUGGCCAACAGCGACUACAGACACAAGGUGCCGCUCAAGGUGCAGCAGCAGGACGCCGACAAGCUGCGACAGAGUCAGACGGAGCUGGAGAAAGUCGAAGAAGCUAUGGACAACUUUAGCAAGAUGAUCUAACUCGUCAUCAUUACCAUCGUCGGAUGGAUUUUUAUUCAUGUUGCAAGUGGAUUAUCAUGUCAAAAUAAUUGGAUAAAAAAAUUGAAAGACCAAUGUCAAGCCUCUUUUU